GUUUGUGCCGAUUUCUAUGUGUUCUUUAUACAGCUGGCAGAACAUUAUACGUAGUUCUUGGGCUUUAUUGUGUGGUUUUGGGUCCGUGGGAUGCGUUUGGACACUGGCAACCUCCUUGUGUUCUCAGAACUGAGGAGGUUACUCGUUGGAGGCGAUUUCUUGCGCAAUCCUGCCCUCUGGUGGUUGUAACAGUUCAAGCACCUAUCAUCAACACGUGCCACUGUACUACUAUAAAAUUAAAUUUCCUCAGAUACACUUACAGUACAAGGAAACUUUCACUUGUCCACAAAAAUUUCAAAUAUUUUACACUUUCUGUUUGUUUGUUUUGUACCUGUAAAGCACAUUGAACUGCCCUGGUGUACAAAAUGUACAAAUAAAGUUGCCAUAUUUUGCCUUCAUUGUACCUGUUUUGAUGAUGCUUAGCUAUUCUGUUCAUUGCCUUGUGAGCCAGAGCCAAAUUUUUUAUAUGGGUCCUAAAAACAAACUAAACUUAACACUAUAGUAUGCAUAUUACAGUUUCACAGUUUAAUCAGUUACCCUUUAAGGCAGCAGUAAGUGUGAGAACGACACCUGUUAAUGUUAUCAAUUUUGGUAAACUGUUAAUGAUUAACAUUCAGUCAACUUUCUAGCUCAGCUCUACGGUCAGCGCCCUUGCAGGCUGACAGACAAAGCUAAGCCCAAAUUAAAGUACCUGAUAGAAGCCCUGUUAGUGUGAUUUUUCAACCAUUAUUCUCAACACAGGGAUAAGCUUGUCUGGUGGUGACUUUUGAAUUUCUGUUGAUUUUUCUGUUCAUAUCUCAUAUGUGAGAAAUGUCGGUUACUCCUCAUGGAUGUAGUAACGAUACCUCGCUCCCUAUGUGCUAUGAGGGGUCAUCAGGUCCACUUGCUAUAAUUAUCAUCCCAUGUCUGUUGGCUCUGAGCACAGUUUUAGUGGUGGCUCUGAUUUUCUACAGUCUCCACAAGAACAAACAAAGAGGACAAAGCACUUCAGCCCAGUUUACAAAUGGCCAGCAGAUUGUGUCCCUAACGGCUGCUUCUGUAAGCACUCCAAAGGUCCAGGCUGCUUUGUAUCCCUGGGAAAUCCCUGAGGAGUGUGUUGUUGAGGGACUAGAGUUUUGGCAGACAGGUCGCCAUGGCCCUGUUUGUAAAGGUCUGCUGAAAAAGAGAGAUGGAUCCUUUUCUGCUGUAGUGGUUAAGACCCUCCGAGAAGGCCCCAACCAACCUGAAGCUAAGGAGUUUGUGGAGUGGGUCCUCUUCCAUGCCACAGUGUGUAAACAUGAGAAUGUGGUGCGGAUGUUGUACUGUCAAACCAAGCGUGUGCCCAUGUAUCUGGUCUUAGAUGCGUACAGCCCAGGGAACCUCCUUUACUUCCUCUGGACACUCAGAAAUAACACAGCGGAUUUAUCGCUGAACUUCUCUGAGAGGUCAGUUUUUCUGGUAGCAAAGCAGGUUGCAGCUGGGCUGGAUUACCUGAUGUCAGAGCACAGGCUGGUGCAUGGUGAUGUUGCUGCCAGGAACAUCUUAAUUGGCCCCGGCCUCUCAGCCCGGGUGUCUGGGCUGGGUGUGGCAUUUCGAGGACGCAGAAUGGAUUCAGCAAUUAGGCAGAGAGCAGCAGAGGUGCCUCUCAAAUGGCAGGCUCCGGAGAGGAUUAUGAUGCAGCUCAGUAUCGACAGGAGCGACGUGUGGUCAUUUGGAAUCUUACUGUAUGAACUGAUUACCUUAGGCUCUCCUCCAUACCCUGACAUGGAGACCCCUUCUGUGCUUCCAAAGCUACAGGGGUCUUAUCGGAUGAAGAGACCAGACAAUUGUGGAGGACCUUUGUAUGAUCUGAUGAAGUACUGUUGGAUGUGGAGUUUCAAAGAUCGACCUGCAUUCUCGGCCAUCAUAAAGCUGUUGGAGUCCUCACUGCAUCUAGCGUCUACAGAAGCCAUAUGUGUUCCUGAGAACAUAGACAUACUUGAGUAUAACAGAAAGGCAGGACUGCUGUCAUAGGCUCACAUGCUACCAAAUAAUGGCAACACUAUGGCUAACAGGAAAUGACCAACAUAUCACGUGUGAUUAUCUCUCAGAAUCAUAGACUGUAUAUAAAAACUCAGAAUGCAAUGUCACAUCCAUUACUGGUAAAUGUCUACCACUGAAUUGGUUUAUUGGUAACCCUCCAACAAGUUAAAAAUAACUAUGUAACUUCACAGUAUUACAGUCAAACACUGAUGGUGAUGUAUUAAGGACACUGAAAUCAAGUCAUUUUAUAAUUACCUCUUUAUUGCAAUAAAUGUAGACUCAGAAGCACAGA